AUGUCUCUCCUCUUAUGGGUCACGACUCAGAUCUUCUGGGCGGGGCGAGCAUUCGGCGCUGUUGCCCGAUCAGAAACCGGCUAUAGCCAUCCCUGCGAACAUGUUGCCGCCAUAUUCGAUGCUGUCAACUAUGGUGACGGCUCACCGGACCUACUCAGUCCAGAGGUGGCAUAUGAAUGCCUAAACUCGGUGCCCGUGGUUCAAGGAGAUGCGGCAGCCUUGAUCAAUGGCCUUCGAGGCUAUCUCGAGAUGCAAAGUACUCUCGACUACUUGGCCGCGCCGACCACCGGAUGGCUUUUUCCACCUGUCGACAUCCUCGAUACCCUGGAUCAAAUUGGACAGAAGGUCAUGAACAAUGAGUACUCGAGCGAGUAUGACCUGCAAGUUGAUCUGCAUACCAUGUCACUGUUGGGAAAGGACGACCACUUAAUGACCAAAGGUCCAAUAAUGAAGGCACUGACUUUCCACCGGUUCCCCACCAUCACGUACUUGGUGUCCCUGUCCGAAGAUGGAAUAGAAUAUCCAUCGGUCUAUCUUUUUGGGGAUCGAUACGAGUUUGACGACGAUGGUCAGCUACGGGUCCGAACGGGCGGGGACUACUCGGCCAUCACAAAGAUCAAUGGUCUCGACGUUCAGGAAUUCCUGCAGACGGAAUCACUGACCGGCACGUCCCAAGAUCCAGACGCUUUAUACAACGGCCUGCUGUAUCCCUACGGGUUUUUCGGGAGUCCAGAAUUCUACCCCGGAACAGACACAAACUUGACGUUUCAAAACGGCUCGAUCAGAGCGUACCAAAAUUACUUUGACUGGGGACCCAAUAAUUUUUCGGACAUCGUCGACGGGGAAACAAUGUACAACAUGUUUUACCAGACGGUCGAUCUCAGCGACGAGUCUGACGACUCUGGCGAGUCUGCACAGGCGAAACGAAAAGUCAAGCGACAGUCGCCCGUGCCUGCUGUGAUAUCCGACGACGCUGGUGCCUUUACGGGGUACUGGGGUGGCGAUCUCCCGGAUGAUGUUGCUGUCCUGACCAUCACCAGCUUUUCGCCCGACGACGACGGUGGUUCAGACGUCAACUCGCAGGAGAUCCUGCAAGAAAUCCUGGCGUCGGCGAAAGAGAACGGCAAAGACCAUCUCAUCAUCGACCUGCGGACGAACGGAGGUGGAUCCGUCCGUUUGUGCCUCGAGACAAUGGUGCAGCUGUUUCCCGACACGCCUCCCGACACCAAAUCCAGCCUGAGAGCCAACGGCGCGCAGAAAGCCCUCGUCGACUACUUCAGCGAGCAGACGGACAUUGCCCAGGACGCCAACCCCAACACGGGCCUCGACGAGGAAGAAAUCUACGCCGAGUACUGGAAUUCGCCCUGGGCUUAUCAGACGGUCAUGUCGCCGAGUGUCAAGUCGUUUGACAGCGCCGACCAAUUCUACGGCCCGUAUCGCGAGGGUCCGGGGUAUUUCACCUCGUACUUUCAGGAAAACUAUACCAACAACGAAUACUCGAUGAUUGACCAUUCGGAUCUGAACAUAACUCAAGCCGAUCCUCGGGCAGAGCGGCCUUUUGCGGCAGAAAACAUCAUCAUCUUGACCGAUGGGUACUGUGCGUCUGCAUGUUCGAUUUUCGUCGAGCACUUGAAGAACGAGUUCCGCGUCAUGAGCAUCGUCGUUGGCGGGCGGCCACAGAGCGGGCCCAUGCAGACCAUCGGCGGCGUCCGAGGCAGCCGGCUCUUCUCAUACGACUUCCUGGCGUACCUGGUCGAAGCUUACACGGAACAAAUCACGGCGAACCCAAAGUCCGCGGACGCGCAGUUCGAGGACUGGAACCUGGGCCCCGCCGAGCGCUUUGGGACGGGCCUCCGCGUCAACGGCUUCAACGCCUACCGCAUGGGCGAGCCGCACAACAUCCCGCUCCACUUCGCGUACGAGGCUGCCGACUGCCGGAUCUGGUACACGCCCGAGAUGAUCGCGGACGACACGGCGCUGUGGAACCGGGUGGCCGAGCUGGCGUUUUCGGACCGCGACGGCAACGUGAUUGACUCGCCCUACUGCGUCGAGGGCAGCACCAAGCACCCGACCAGCAUCUCCGGCGGCGUGCGACAGGGCGACCUGGGCCCGCAGACGCCGCCGAAAAGCGCCUUCCCGCAGUAUACAGGGUGGAUCCUGAACGGGACCAGCCUGACGCAAAAGAAUCUGGGGCGUGCCCAUGGAUUCGGGCCCGGGGUGCUCGAGGGCGGUGGGUACAGCGACGACGACGACAGCGGGAGCAAAGGUGGGAGUGAUAAGGACGACGCCGUCGUCAUCGACCCAGUCGCGCUGCAGAAUUUCAAGGACAUGUGUUCAGAGUCGAUCACGGAGGAGCAGUGGUUUGUCAAGCUCAUGUGUCUGAGUAUGCAGUGA